GAACAAGAUGGCAAAGUGGUGAAGACGGUUUUCCACUGAAGAAGUUUCCGUUUGAAUUUUGUCUACGGAUAUCGAGUUCUUAGGCAUUCCUGUUUAUGACACAAUCAAUCAUGUCCGUUGCAGCUCUUGUAGGAUCUUUUGAUGAUAUCGUCCGCUCCACAACGGUACUUGCUGAAGGAAUUGAAGGAGGUUUGCUGCGGCCAAGUUUUGUUAUUUUUCAUUGUUUGUGAAAAUAUUUAAUUUUUAUGGCAUAAUUUGACAUAAGAAAAGUCCUUAUCUUUGUGUUACAUUUUUUCGGUAGGGAAUGGUUUUUCUUUCGGGCUUAUACGUUUUAUUGUAGAACUUCGAUAGUUCCAAAUUACAAACUUAUAAACUUUGAUCUGAAAUGAGACGUUAUGUUAAUCGACCUAGACGACGUGGAUUAAAACUAUGUUCUCUUUCUUUUUUAGAAUUCAUCAAGUUCGUUUCGCAGCAGGAAGAAUGCCGAAAGAAAUGGCUUGUAGCAGAGAAUGAGGCCGUCCGACUGAAGCAAGAAAUCGCCAGGAUCACGGUAAGUUUCGCUUGGGUGUGUAAAACGCAUCCAUCAAUUCUGUUUCUUUCAGAAGUUGUUUCUCAGUGGCUUUAAUCUAUACUCAACCAAAAUUUUCUCCCAAAAAUCUUUUUUCAGGCUGAGAACGAAGCACUUGAAGUAAAACUGAAACAUGCAAGGUAUUUAGACAAAAAUGACAGAGCUUUGGUAGAUUUGAGAUCGAGGAAUUCUUAAUUUUAGCUGUCUGUCUACCUUAAUUUAUUGUUUCGUUUUGUCAUGAGCUUUUUCUCUGCGUUUUUGCCAGGAGUCAAGUUGAAGUAGAAAUUAAGAAAAGAAUGAAGGCAGAGGCAACCCAAGAUCACCUGGUGAGAAAACAGAUAAACUCUCUCAUAAUUUAUAUUAGUGACAACAUACCAUUAUUUGAGGUAUGCAAUGUACAAAUUAAUAGAAUGCAUUUCAUUUAUUGAAACUACUGUGAAGACCAUCUCUGAUAGUUGUAAUCACAGAUCUUCCAUGUAAAGAUACCAUCUUCACUGAAGUCUCCAUCUCCUUAAUAAAAAGAAGUGAAAUUGCUCUUUACUGCAUUCUUCCCCUUCUGCUCCUGUUCAAUGGCUACAUUUAAAAGUUUAAUGUGACAAGUUUGCAUUUUGCUAUCAUUCAGCACUGAAAGCUGAAAAGGGCUUGGUACCACAGUCAUCAUCACUUAAUUAAGUAGGUUUUAGGUUGUAUUUUUUACUUCAAAAUAUAUUUUCUAUCAUGAGUUCUUCAAGAUUCUAUUAAUAUUUGGUUUGUUACAUAAAUUUCAAUAUUACAGGAAAGACAAGUGGCCUUGAUCCGUGAACUACUAAAUGACAAAGACACAAUGAGCAGGUUGAAUGACAAUGAAAGACAAACACUGAUGCAGUUGAGCCAGUGUCACCAUGAGGAUUUUGCCAGUCCAAGGAAAAGGUUUGUGGGACUGAUCUAUUGGCUUCUGUGGUUACCUUUUUUUAACCUUUCAUGCCCUAAUGUCAUUAUACAUUCUCUGGCGUUCAACACCAACCCUUGCCUCAUUGCUCAGGGAAAGUGAAAUAUCUCUGUGAGCAAGUAAAAAAACUCUAAGACUUGCCCAAUUGGGCAAUCAGAUUUUUCAUUGGAGUUAUAUUUUGCAGAACAAUCUGAUUUGUAGUGAUGAAAGUGACUGGUAAUAUGACAGUGACCGUAAACGUGAUAAAGAAAUAAACAACCUCAUAUUGGUUUGCUGUCCUGUUUAUUUGUCUGUUAAACAUAUAUAGGUACAAACUUCAAAACAUUUAUAGCCAAAGAGGAUACUAUGUUUUAAGCCACCAUGUUUCUCUGUGUAAAAGGAACACUCUUCAUGAUGGAAACCAGUUUCUGCAUGGCCAGAUGUGCUUCAAUAUUUUUGCAAAGCAUUUAUUAAGUUACUACUUAGUGACAAGGGAACACCAAAUCAUCCCAUAACAGUUUGAUAUAACUUUUAUUAUUUCAUUCAUGGACAAAACUUCAUGUCAACUACAUUACAUAAUCAAAUUGACAUCUUUUUGUUUUUUAAAUUUUUUUAAACAAGCCUCCUUUCAGUUUUCAUGGCCUUUUAGUAGGUGGGCAACCAAAAUAACUACAGAAAAACAAAAUUGGCUGCCCUAAGGGAAGUUAGCCAGAAAGUUAGUGUCAAACACUGUAAUCUCCAAACAGUUCUCUAUAAAUUUCCUAUGGUGAUGACAUGGAGAAUUUGUUAAACAAUCAAGAGCUUCUUCAGUUGGUGAUCAUUUCCUCUAUUCUCAAGACCCAAAUAUUUGAUUCAGAGGUUAUGUUGUAAGGAGAAAUUUGGUGCUGGUCACUCUUAAGGGUCAAAGGGUUAAGAAUGUUAUUUCUCAUGAAGGAUUUGCCAAGUACUGUAUCUCUGUAGGUGGGUGAUUUUUGUUGGCAGCUGGCUACUUUUGAUUACCCUUGCUCUCCUAUCAUCAUAGAUUAAACCUUCCUGCAACAAUUAUUUUGUUGCAUAAGUUGUGGAUGGUUGGUAAGCCAUAAUUAUUAUUUUUAUUACUUUAGGCGCUUCAGUAAUCAGGAUGAAUCUACUGGUUCAAUCUUGUCUCCUUCAGACAUCAGUUAUGACAACACAGAGGAGGACUUGGUAGGAAUUUUGAUAAUAAAUGUUGUGAUCAUCAUAAUUGUAAUACUAUUGUAUAAUAGGAUCAUUUCCCUCACUCAGGUCACUAUACAUUAGACCUGAUCAGUGUUCUCUUGUUAAAGGGGUAAACAGUUAAGUUUUUGGCCUGUAGUACCUCUUUUCACUGCUCAAAAUCGCUUGGAAUUCUUGAAAAACUUUUACAGGUAAAAGGACUCAUUGCUUUCAUUUCACCUGUCCUGCUUAAAAUAAAGGCUGCCUGAUGUGAAAUGCCCAGGUCAAACAUUUUAAUAAUUCAUCUGAUAUGUAAAUUUACCAGAUAGUCUCAUCAUCCACCUGUGAUUGUUAAUAAAUUAUUGUUCAUGUGCAGGCUUUUAUUUGUUACUUUCCAGGAUGUUUCCCAUCCCAGGAAAACCACAAGAAAGGCAGUAAGUAACAAUUACAAUGUAGAUCAUGGAAGUGGGGGUGGUGCAGUGCUGGGAGAGUGCUUGCCUUCCACCGUUGUGGCUUGGGUUUGAUUCCUGGACCUGGCAUCACAAGUGGGUUGAGUUUUGUAGAUGGUUCUUCUCCUCUCUCCAAGGGUUUUUCUCUGGGUCCUUUGGAUUUACUCCCUUUUACCAAGAGACGGUGGACUUUGGGAAUGUCCACUGCUAGAUUUCCACAACUAUUAUCCCAUUAUUAUUAUUAUUAUUAUUAUUGUUGUUGUUGUUGUUGUUGUUGUUAUAUUUUUUACCAGUAGAACUCAUUUUCUUUGGUUACUUCUACAUGAGCAGAACCAAGAAGUCCUAAUUUGAAUCUAACUCUGUAUUUCUUCUUUGUGUAAUUUCAGCCUGCACCAGCAGCACAAGAGCUUGAUGUAAGCACAUCUACUUUGUUAACUCUCAUUAACAAAAUAUCACCUAUGACAUUUUCAGGUCUCAAACCAACUUUUUUAGAAAGAAAACAUGACUUGAUUAAGAUCAGUUGUUGUAAUUAUUAGGAGAUCCAAGACAUUAAAUCUGUCGACUUAGUAAAUGAUUUUUAAAAUGCACUUUUUCUUUAUUCUCAUCAUUUUUAGGUUACUCCUCCAAAAAGACCCAGAACUGAUCAGGUAUACUUGAAUUUCUAAUUUUAACGCUGUACACUUAUAACAGUGUCCACAAAAUGCAGAACAUUGUUUUAGUUAGCUAAAAAUUUUUUCUUGACCAUUGAAAGAUAUUUAAAAAGUGUCUGCAAGUAAAGCUGUUAGCUUAUGAGAGUGUCCCUUAGCAGAGAGUUGACUCUACUUGCUAAUGUACACUCUGACUGACUUUCAAGUCCUUGCAUGUUUUUUUUAUCCUCUUGUUUUUUUGCUCUUGAAUUCCCAGUGGUAGUUAUUGCUUUUUAAAUGGUGAAAAAUGUGCAAGAUUGUUUUGUAUUUGAAAUUCAGGGAGAUGGGCAGGUGGUGGUGAAACACAUUGUUCCAGACAGUCCAGUCCGUGUUCCAGUUUAUCCAAGUCCACAGAUUCAUGUUCAGCCAUCAGCCCCUGGUGAGAUAUCUGUCAGAAUAUCACUAUGAGUCCAACAUGUGUAAUCUUUAACCUUUUGAUCCCUAAAAGUGUCUAGCGUCUAAUUUCUUCUCACAAUAUCAUCCCUGAGUCACAAGAAUGAAAGAAAUGGUCAUCAAUUAAAGAAUCUCUUGAUUGUUUUGCAAACUCUCCUUGUCAGCACCAGACAAAAUGUAUAGAGAACAGCAUGGAGAAUAUAUAUAUUGAUGUUAAGGUGUAAAGGGUCAACGUUUUGAUUUUAUCAGCAUGACUAAUAACAUGGAUUGUCUUUAGACAAUUGCAAAUGUAGAUUGUAAAGUCAUAAAGUGUCUCUGUACCACUGAUUACCAGUGAUAACCUGAGGAAAGAAAAAGCUGGCUGAAAUAGGUUAAAAUAUCAUAAGUGUUGUUUUAUUUUGUUCAAGUUUACUUUACAUAAUGAAAAAAAAAUGUUUUUUAUCCUUCUAUUCAGAAUUAAAUUAUCGAGACCCAUACCGUCAGGCAAUACGAGAACUUGAAGAAAUUACUAGCCCGAGGAAGGUGACUCCACAACUACAGAGGUGAACAUUGUUGUUUAUCAAUAAGCUGUUGUUGUUAUUCAUUACCCAAGUUCUAGUUUAGUUUGGGAAACUGUCUAUAUGCAUUUGAAUAUCAAUGUGAAGUUCUGACCUUUUCCUUGAAAAUUGGUUAUUGUUAAUAGCACUGAAUAGUAGAAGAUGCCUUAGAAUGAAUGGCAUACAUAUACAACCAAUAACACAUUACAAUGGCCUUGCAAGUAUUUAGUCCUCUGAAGUACCCUGUUUCAAAGUCAAGUUCAGUGAAUGGAUGCUUCACCUUCAUCAUUCAAUAAAUUUCCCAGGGGUUAUGGAAAAAGGGAACAUCAGAGUUACCCUUUACUUAAUCAAACAUUAAAUUCAACUAAACCUCUUAUCAACUAAAUUUUCAGCAAUCCCAAUGCUGUGUUAAUUUCAAAGUCAUAUUGUUUAAACGACAAAUGACAAUUACGGUACAGUUAAACAUCAGGCCCUGGUUGUUCAAAAGGUAGAUAAUGCUAUCCAUAGGAUAAAUCUCUAUCCAGCGGAAAAGAGAUCACAAAAUGCACUGCAAUAACACAGGAUAGAGGUUUAUUCAGUGGAUAGCAUUAUCCACCGUUUGAGCAAGGGGGGCCAGAAGAACAUGUAUUGUGCCAAGCAGAGACAGGUAUAUUUUUUUUCUGGGAUAGCUUCCCAGUUAUCUGGCUCGUGAUAUGUUCAACCACAAUGUUGUAUUACUGAGGUGUUCUUUCUUAUUCAUUUUUCUUCUUCUUUUUAAUUUUUUUUUUUAAUUGAUUACUUCCUUCUUUUUUUUUUUUUUGAUGCUUAACUAAACAUCACAUUCUCCUAAUUGAGAGUGGGGUUUACCCGAAUAAAAAACAGUAUGUACAAGACACAGCAGCUGCCCAACUUUUGCUAGUUACAUGUACUUUGUAAGAUUUCCCUUCUUCCUUCUUUGGUCAUCAGAUUUACAAAUGUAUUUUUCUGGCACCAUACUCCAUCUCAAGGAUAUGGCGAAGGUGAUGAUGUGGGUUUACAUCCUUCAAAUUUAGAAUUUAAUAAAGGACUUGGAAAGCGAGCAGCUGGAGAUACUCAGUAAAAGAGUAACUUUAGUUUAUCAGCAUUUCUUAUAGUUUUUUGUUAUUGUUCCAGAAUUGCCUCACAGAAUGGCAAAAGACCUGCAACAAAGGAAAAGGUAAAGUGAUAGUUUAAUUUGUUUUUAAAUUUUCUCAAGAAUUGAUCAUUAUUUAAUUUGAGUUGAUAGUGACUCCUUAAUUAAUUGUAAUUUCAGAAACAUGUGUUGUGCUCCAAGACUGUUAUCAAGCCAGAAUCUUGCCAACCAGUGAGUAUAUAUGAAAAACAAACAAACAAAAACAGGUUGUUAAAAAUGUGAAGGAAUAGAGAAUCAAUGAAGAUUACGGUUUACUGAAAAUAUCGACUUUUUUUCUUGUUCUUUAGUGUAAUAAGAGGAUAAAAUUUGGAAAACUGGCCUUGAAAUGCAAAGGUAAUCAUAUGAUAAUUGACCCCUUUACUCUCAAAAGUGAUUUACAUGUAACUUCUCCCUCAGUAUUCAUACGUUAUCCAGCAUACAAGUAAUGAGAAAACUCAAACUUAUUACAAAGAAAUUUUCAUCUUGAUCUAACACCAAAUUCUUGUAACUGAUUUACAAGGAAAUGUGGGUGGUAGAGGGGAGAAUUAACAAUUAGAUCUUGGUUGUUGAAGAGUGGAGAUUAAUAGGGAAGGAAUACUGUUCUUGAUUUGGUGGUAUGAACUAAUUUGCAAUGUGGUGAUGUUUUCUGUAGUUUGUCUUCUUUGUGUUAAAUGUGAAUGAUACAACCUGUUAAUUGUACAAUUUGUUACUUGAAAAGUUUUCUUCUAUGACAUUUCUUCAUUUUCUUGGAUUUGCCAGGAAAACUAAAACAUACAGUGAAUUAUUGCCCCCAAGAUCUUGUUACAAAUUCCCUCACUGUCUGCCAUAUAAUUCUUAUGAUAUUAGCUGGAAGAUUUUGGUAUUGCAGCAACUAAUAAUCCCCUACUGGAUACAAUUUUUUUUUCAUUUUCAUCAUAGGUCAGCUUGAUGUGGUAUUGAUAAUGUGUAAAGAAAUUCUGUCUUGAUUACUCAUGAGAGUUAGAUGGUUAAAUGUUGUUGUGUUAUAUGAGAGCAGUUCUGUUUUCCAAGUACCUGCUUAAAUGUGAUAUGUAAUUUUAUUUCAGAUUGUCGAGCUGUGUGCCAUCCAGACUGUAAAGACCACCUUCCUUUGCCAUGUGUUCCAAGUGUUGACACACCUGGUUCUGGACGGAAGCGCCCAGUAUGUAUCACUGACUCUCAUACUGGGUUGAAUAAUACUCUUCACUGGAUUAAUUGGUAUCAAAGUCUUUACUCAAGCCAAGUUACCCAUGCAGCCAGAGGUUACCCUGGUUUCCUUAACGUGAAACAACUAGGAGUCUAUUACCACUCCCCAUUGGAUGGAGUGCCAGUCCAUCAAAUGGUUAAUGCAUCCCACCCUACCCCACCUCAUCCCCUUCCCCUUCCCUUGGCAUUUCAUCAGGCUUCCCAGAAAAUUCCCAGGUACCCGUUUAAACCCUUAACUUCCAAGAUCUACCGUUCAGCAUGAACUCUGUGUUAAUAGCAUUAAAAACUAUCAAUUGUCCUGGCUUUUAAAUUCCGGUUCAUGAAUUGCGUUUCAAUUAAGUCAGCCCGGAAGUAUUCUGUCUGGUUUCUAGAGUAGACAAUUAUUGCCAUUAUAAUUAGUUGUAGGUCUUGUAUUCUGUUUUUGUUUGUUGACUGAUUGCUGUUGAUGAUUUUUUUUUUUUUUUAAUGUAGGAUGAAAACAUCGAGUUUUAUGCUCCCACCACAGGUCCUAUGGUGCCCGAGAUUGUUGUAAGUGAAUUGUCAUUAAGGAUUUUGUUGUACACGCCCUUUUAGUAGAAAAUUUUAGGCCGUGUUCAAACGUCUUGCUCCUGUAUUGUGGAACUGAAUUCAUGAAUUAAGUUCGCAAAAGCGCAGCAUUUAAAUUAAACUAUUUAAUGUCGUUGAGCAAGGAAUUAAGCUUGACGAUCACUGCGCCCCCCAAUAAAAUCAUAAUUUAUGUUAAUUUACUUUGGCUGGGGAGUUACGAGGAUAAAUUGUUUCGUGGCUUCAGUUUAUCCUGCAUUUCGUGCUACUCAAACUAGACGUCUGAACUGGACCUUACACAUCUUUGCCAUUCUUUUUGGGAGGCUGCUAAGGUUCUCAGGCGACCCUAUAUUUUAGUGCGCUUUAUAAAGUCAGCCGUUACAUAUGUAGUAAUCGCCCAUUACAAAAGAGAUCAAGGGUUUACAGUCUAGCUUGUUUUUUGUUUUCUUUUUCUUUUUUUUCAACUUAUUUAUGUUUUUAUUUGUUUUAGAUCAAAUGUAUCGACGAAGUUGAACGACGUGGUCUUUCAGAGGUCGGAAUCUACAGGGUACCAGGGUAAGUAAUGUAGGUUUAUUGAGGUUUCAGGAUUCAGUCCAAAUGGCGGAAAAAGCCUACCGUCCAUGCUAAUUCUCACGCGGCUUACUCCUCUAACUGAUUGGCUGAAAACCAGCAGUCUUAAGUCAGAUUGGUUCAUAAUUUGCCCCGCAAUCAAAUAUCUUAUAGAAGUGCGUUCCAUAACAAAUUCACCUGUGUACAACUACGAAUUAUUCGGGAUACUUCUGAGAUAAACUCUCUCUUUGUAUUUCCAGGGCUGAGCGCAGUGUGAAAGAACUCAAGGAGAAGUUUACGCAGGGAAAACUUCCUGACUUGGUAAACAACCAGUGAAAAAGGGGUUUUUAAGUUAGACCGCCACGGGUGAUUAAUUAUGUUGUUGUUGUCGUUUUGUUGUUCAGCGAAAAGUUGACGAUAUCCACGUGGUUUGUGGACUGCUGAAAGACUUCUUACGUAACCUUGCUGAGCCUCUGGUCACUUACGAUCUGUGGUCGAAUUUCGUCGACGCAGCAAGUAAGAUUUGUUCGUCUCCCGUUUACGUGUGCGUGUUAUCCCUUCGUCUAGCCUGCGCGCUUAAUCUUCACCACCCCUAAGAGUGACUAGCAUCUAAUUUCUUCCUACAGUAUCGCUCAUGAAUCAAAUCUUAAGGUCAGGAGAAUAUAGGAAAUGAUCCCCAACUGAAGAAGCUCUUGAUUGUUAAAACAGAUUCUCCUUGUCAGCACUUUGCGAAAUGUAUAAAUGCACACUAAAACACUAAAUGCACACGGGUGUAUAAGGAUGCACAUUCUCUGGUGGACUUUCAGUGACACGCCAAUACUCAAAACCAGACAAAAGAGAUAUUUUCACCCCUCUUCACUGGAUUAUUGAGGAUUUUUUGUGUGUUCCAGAAACACUUGAGCGCAAAAAUGUUCAUCUUUUGCGAGAAACUCUGCAAUUUUUUUCCAUGUAUUUGUUGAUUUUGUCAGACAAAACAGAUGAAGACGACAGUGCAAGUGCGACAUACCAAGCUGUCAGUGAGCUUCCUCAAGCGAACAGAGACACUCUCGCUUAUCUCAUAUUGCACUUGCAGAAGUAUGAAACUAAAUGUACCAUACUGAGUUAAUUAGUUUUAGUACUGAAGACACGAAGUAUCAAACGUCUUGGUCAUUCUCGACACAACUUUAUUUCGUCAAGCACUCUGGAUACUUGUACAAUCUACGAGGCAUUAUCACACUAAAUGAUUCCCACAAAUGGUUUUUGAAAACCAGCUUGCCUUCUUCUUUCUUCUCAGUUCAUCAAAAUGUGACGUAGAGAAAAUUAAGAAAAAUCGCGAAUUUGAGAAAUAUCUUUGAAAGAUUGCUGCAUUUUUACAUUUGAUUUUCACUAAACGUGAUAUGAAUAUAGAUAACUUUUGCAAACUGUUAAACGAAUCCAAUAUUUUUUUUAACUCAGUAGCAGAGCAUAAUGCCUACUCUACACAGAGAAUCUACAAAAAAUUCUGAGGAAAAGAAGAUCCUGAGAGAACAACCAGCUCAAACUCUCCUCGUUCCUUUUUGUUAUUCAUAGAGCUUUGAGAGAGAGAGAAUUGUAAUUAACUUAAAGGUUCAUAUAGCGUUUUGUGUCAGACUUUCUGAAAUUAGAUCAUAUCCUCAUUUUCAGAGUGUCACACUGCGUAGAAUGUAAAAUGGAUGCCAGCAACCUUUCCAAAGUAUUUGGACCGACUAUCGUGCAGAACUCCUCCGCCAACCUUGAACCGAUGCAGAUGUUACAGGAAGCCAAAUGGCAACCCAAGGUGGGUAGGGUGGGGAAAAUCCGUGCUAAGAGAUUUUCACAUGAACACGUGAUUAGAAAAUAACGAAAUUUAUAGAAUGCACAAAACGAAUCUAGUGAGAAAACAGGGAUAAAGUUUGGGGUUUCACAGGAGGAAACUUCGCGCGCCAACUGUAUGUGCUAUGAACAUCGUUUCAGGAAGCAAUUUUAAUAUUGUGGCUGGGUCCUCUCCGUAUCGAGCCAAACUUUCCCGUUUGCACAAAACUCGGACGGAAAUCUCAGCUCAGACGAAGUUUUCUCGGAAGAUGGAAUAAUUCUUUCCGCUAAAUAAAUUGGCUCGUAUUAAUUUUUUAUCAGAAACUAACAAAAUCAAAGUUCAUAAAAAGGUCAUAUUUUGUUUCUCCUCAGGUUAUGGAGCGACUUCUCUCAAUGCCCGUUGACUACUGGAAUCAGUUCAUAAACACUGACGAUGAGAAUAUCCGUUCACCCCCAUAUAACCCGGCCUCUCAUCGUGCGGACGGAACCCCGCUCACCCCGGAGUGUAGACCCGGUAAGCCCACUUUCCCCCCGCUCCCCUCCCGCCUUCCAACACUUCCAACUUGAAGCUGCAACAGCUUGGCUUCAAGUUUGCCUGUUACUAAUCUCUUGAGCAGACCUUAAAAACCCUUCGCACCACACGUCCGUCUUAGCCUGGUGUGUUAUGUUCACAUUAAAGAGUUCAGCCUGAAUUUUCAAAUCUCGUUAGAGCACCUUUCCUAACGGUCCUGGUGUUCUGUCACUUUUAGUACCAGAGAGCAUGCUUGGACCGCUGACUGCUUCAAACGCCAAGUCAGUCAAGAAGAAGGGAAGUUUUCUCUCCAGGACUCCUCUUACACCAAGGUAAUCUUCAAAAUCUUUUCUUACAUACUGUGAAAGAAGACCCCUAUAAUCCCUUUUUAAUGUUAACAUUCUUUCCCCGCUAAUAAAGGAAGAUCUAUUCCUUACACCGCCUAAAGGAGUAUUCGUCUAAAACUACUUUGUCCUGAAGGCUCCCCACCCCAGCUCUCACCCGUUGCCUUCACAAAAACACUUUCGAAGGAAAGUUAGAACAAUUGGAGAACGGAGCAGUGAUUUACCCUCAAAAGUAGAUUGUUUGGGGUUUGUUCUUCUCUCUUAUCUAGAUUAAAGUAAAAUUUGUUUGAGUUUUGAUUUUCUUCUUUUUUGUCUGUCUAUCGUCAUUGGCGUGCCUUCAAACAUGCCUUUAACGACGAGUGGUCUUUUAAAACAAAAUGGAAAUUAGACACGCAGUUUUCCUCAAGCGUAUUCAACUUAUUUACGGGCGAUUUUUUUUUUCUUUUUUUCAUUAAAAUAGCAGUUAUUUGCAGUCUGUAAAACCGAUUUAUAUGAGACACGUUGUGUACCAAAACAUCGAAAUCAAAUGUAGAGAGCUGAGACCGCAGACGAAAUUUUACCAAACAUUCACCAUCUAACUUUGAAGUGACAUACGAAUGCAAAAAUUCCACGCGUGAAUUUCGCGUGAAUCGCGUGGGGGGCACCGAGCUUGCGCAGUGACCUGACAGGUGCAGUUUUUGUGGGAAUAAUUUCGCUCGUUUUAGUCUCCGUUCACAGCGCAUAUGGCCGGAAAGUAAAGUGAUUGAUGGGUAAAUUAAAAAAGAUCAUCUUUUGUGAUAUUACGAGGUGGCCAUGGAAAUAGAAAGUAAUUUUGUCGAGAAAAUAUACAUAAGUCAGGUUUCAGUGGUGACACUAGUUUAUUCUUUUUCACUGACCACAUUUCUAUCGUUAUUGUUUGUCAGUUCCCACGUUUUAUCAAGCAUUUGUUUCGCCCUCGCACAAAAAAGAAAAACAUUACUUUAAACUCAAUAAUCGUCGUCAAGUAAAAAAAAGUCGAGGCUCAUUAAAAAGUUAAAAAAAAAAUUCAUCAACGAUAAAGGCGUUCGUUUAGGCUAGAAAUUAUUAUCUCAGUUCAAACUAUGGACCCAUGGUCAUGAACUCGCCAGCGCGGAGCCUUCCACUUCAACUUUCUGCCGAAGAUUCGCCGAGGUUCUGAAAAUUCAACGUUGACCGCUCACAAACCGGCCACAUUCUCCAAUGAAAAAAGGUUUUUUUUCCUUCGAGAAGCCUCGAAAAUCGGGAGAAAUUUAAUGUAAAAAAAAGAAAAGAAAAAAGGAAAAACAAUAAUAAUCCUUUGACCUCGGCGGAAGAUCAUUUCAUCUCUGGAUAAAUCGUUUGUUGAGCUUGAAAAUUUCUUGAAAUUUUUUUUCGACAAUUUGGCCGUUCGGUCAAUUGCUUAUGUUCCGCAUACUCAUUUAUUUUGGUUUUUGCGUGUAUACAAAGUAUAUUUACUAGUUUUUGCUAUAAUGAAACUUGCAAUUUUAUUUGAUUGGAACUUAAAUUUUCGUCUACUCUUAAAUUUAAAAUUACUUUGAAGAAUAUUUUGGUAAACUAACUACAAUUUCAUCCCUUUCACAAUUCUUUAUCCCUGGAACGUAGUGCUUUAGUAAUCGGCAUAGGUCGGCAUAGCAAUUGGCUGACUUAAAGUAUAUUUAUUUUCACAGGAGUGCCUGUGUUUAUUCUGAUCAUUACUAACUGUCUUGGAAGUUUGUCAAUUGAUGUCAUGUAGUAACCCGUGUUGUUUCUUCUGUUUCUCGCCAGGUUUGGAAGCAAGAGCAAAAAUCCGAACAAGAGACCAACACAUUUCUUCGCUUCACCGAUGCUAAAAUAGAUUAUAACUCUGUAGUAAACCUCUUAAAUUGUUUUAUAGUUCUUGUGUUGACAAGAUCGAUGUGUCCUUCGCUUGAUGUGUAAACAUGUCAAUCCUUGAUGACGAUGCGGGCGACACGACUCUUAUCGCACGAUUGAUACAGGAAGAUCAUCCUUUAAGUAUACAUACAUGUAUUGAGACUUUGUGGAGCUCCACUUGUUUACUGACUGAUUCUGACUAUCGCUUUCGACUCGAAUACCCUUGUUAAUUACUGAUAUUUUGUGUUUAAGAUAGUUUAUUUUGUUGUGUCGUCUGACAUGUCAUGUUUUCAAAGUAAAUUGAGAAGAUAGCUUCUGUUGUGGUAUAUAUAUUCUCUAAAACGUGCCCGUUUUAAAGCUGUGGUCUCCCAAAAAGUCUUUAACCUGAAACUUAUCAAUUUUAUUUGACACAGACAAAAAAACAUUUUUAAUCUACACAGCCAGCUUUAUGGCUAUCAAAUUUACUCCUAUUAGCUUUAUCGGGAAAUAUUGAAUCUCUUUAAAUAGAAGCCCUGUAAUUGUGUACGGUAGCUAUAGAACAAUUUCAUUUUUCAUUUAUUACAACUGAAGAAGAAUAAGCUAUACCUUUCACAAUGCCUAACCCUGUCAGGAUUUUAAUUAUUACGAAAAUCUUUGAGGCUGUUUAUUUCGUUUAGGCGUUUAUCAUUAACGGUAAGAAUUUCUACUGCGUAACCAAAUGCUGUUGGUUUAGUUUGUGUUCCUUUAUAUUUUUUACCGCCACUGUAUGCAAUAUGUCAUUGUCAGCGACGUAAGAAACCGCCGCUCAAAAACCUGAUUAUUGAGGACCAGGACAACAAAGAACUGAAGAUCAAAGUUCUGUCACUAAUGAUAUUAUUUAUCCAGAUUAAACUUUCUAG